AUGGUUGGGUCAAGGUUAGUCACAGGCUGGGUCAAGGUCAGUCACAGGCUGGAUGGUUGGGUCAAGGUUAGUCACAGGCUGGAUGGCUGGGUCAAGGUUAGUCACAGGCUGGAUGGUUGGGUCAAGGUUAGUCACAGGCUAGAUGGUUGGGUCAAGGUAAGUCACAGGCUGGAUGGUUGGGUCAAGGUAAGUCACAGGCUGGAUGGUUGGGUCAAGGUUAGCCACAGGCUAGUUGGUUGGGUCAAGGUAAGUCACAGACUUGAUGGUUGGGUCAAGGUCAGUUACAGGCUGGAUGGUUGGGUCAAGGUCAGUUACAGGCUGGAUGGUUGGGUCAAGGUCAGUCACAGGCUGGAUGGUUGA